GAAUGGACGGUGCGGUGUUUCCUCUCAUGUUGAUGUCGGCACUCAUUGUGAUGGUCUCAUGUCAUCCAGUCUGCCUCAUCGGGUCAGAGUACAGCCCACAAUCUGGUACCCCACCCCGGUGGUUCUUACCGUACAAAGAUCCGUGCCAAUGCACCGCUGUACGUCUCGGUGGGAUGCAAAUCCCCGCUUCGUCAUACCGCCAGGGGGCGCCCUACUACCUGGACGAGCUUUUCCUCGGCGAGGAUUCUGACGAAAUUCAAGCCUACUUCAACUGUGCGCUGACAGGGAACAAUACAGGUGAGAAGUAUGAUUCUACAACAGGGUGUUCCAGUCCGCGACCCCUAGGUAUGGAGGAUGGGACAAUCCCAGAUGAUCGCAUCACUGCAUCCAGUUGUUUCAACUCUGCGUAUUUUCCUGCCAGUGCUGCACGCCUCAACAAUAAUAACAGAUGGUUAUCUGCAUAUGGCGAUACCAAUCCAUGGGUCGAGGUGGACCUCGUCCAGAGUACAGUGCUAUCUGGGGUCAUCACACAGGGCUCCGGCUACGGCAGUUAUAUCAAGCAGUACAAGGUGGCGUAUAAGAAGCAGCCCUCAUCUGACUAUGAACACUUGAAAGAUGCAAACGGAAACAUCAAGGUUUUCAUUGGUAACAAUGAUACCUACACCCCGGUCACUAACCUGUUUGGUGAGAGUGUGGAGGCUACGGUAGUGCGUAUUGAGCCCACUGAUAAAAAUGGUAUUCUCUUUGCCCUGCGAUUGGAGGUGCUUGGAUGUCGCCGUGAUUAAUUCAGCUGCAUCAAUCAGGUGAUUUUGUUGGGCAGCGCUGACGAAUGGUCAUGGAAUACAACUAAAAAAAGGAGGCAUGUAGAAAAUGUUAAGAUUGAUGGUAUAUG